AUGGCUAUUUCCACCUCCGCUCUUGCCAUUCUGGCGACCGCCCUUGUCUCUGCUGUUGGGACCACUGGCCAGGCCACUUCGAUCUGGACUUGCAAGGAUGCCAGCUGCAUGGGCAGCUCCGACAACUGCUUUGUUGCCUUCGCGGAGGGCAGCAACGGCGUCUGCCUCCAGUUUGAGAAGAGCGAGUUUGACAACGCCGGAUUCCCCCUGAACGCGAACGGCGGCUAUGAUGUUUACUUCGAUAUCCCCCAGCCAGAGCUCGGCUGCAGGCAUGUCAUCUACUCGGGAUCCAGCGUGAACAACUGCGGGAUUACUGCUGGAACUUUCACCCAAGCGACCUGCGCUCGUCUGUCCGUGAACAGCAGGAUGGCCUUGAUGUACGACUGCACCGACGGCACCAGUCGUGCGGCCAGUCCCAAGCCCGCGACCAUCUCCAAGCGGAGCUCUUCGAUUGAGAAACGCGACUGCUCCACCUUCACCCUGCGCACUGGCCCCUACAUCAAAGCCGGCGGCAUGGUAACCGUCUCCGACCCCGUCUCCGGUCCUGCGUCCGUUGCAAUCUCCGAGAGCAUCACGGUCGGUCGGUCCCAGACCUUCAGCGCCAGCGUCGGUGACCCCUACGGCAUCAUCUCUCUGAGCUCGGGCGUCGAGUUCUCCGAGUCGGUCACCAACCAGCUCUCGUACACGUUUGAGGUGCAGGACGGCCAGACUGGAUAUGUUGGCUGGACCCCCCAGCUCAACUGUGUCGAGGGUGUUUUGUCCGGCUGUGACGGCGCCGCCGAUGAGUCUGGCGAGGUCUGUGGGCCCAACGUUGGGUCUGAUGGCGAGGUUAUCGGGCAGUACAGCUUUGUGCUCAGCAGCCGCACCGCCAAGGAGGCGGAGAAGAAGGUUGCCCGUGCCUUCCAGUACUAG